AUGAAUUGGCUCAGCUUCCUCGUCCUGCUCACCGUGGCCGGGCUGGCGCAGGGGACAGGGGACAACUGUGGAGGUCUCUGUGGGCUCCGACCCAUGGUGUAUGAGUAUGAGUACAUGGAUCAUGUCAACAACUCGAUUCGCAUCGUGGGUGGCACAGAUGCCAAGUCAGGGGCCUGGCCCUGGAUUGUCAGCCUUAAGCAUCCCGCAAUACCAGGCACAAGACAUCUCUGUGGAGGGUCUCUCAUCACUGCAGACUGGGUCCUCACAGCAGCCCACUGCUUUGACCCCAUCAGGAAAUUUGAUGUGGUUUAUGUGGUGAUUGGAGCAACACAGUUGACUAAACCAGGACCUGGAGCACAACUGCGCCGAAUUAAGAAGUUAGUGCGUCAUGAAUACUAUAAUAAAAAUGACAAAAGUAACGACAUUGCCUUGCUGCAACUGAGCAAGCCGGUUGAGUGCAACCCCUACACUCAGCUGGCCUGCGUAGCUGACCCCACCAUAAGACUGUCAGACCUGCAGAACUGCUGGGUGGCCGGCUGGGGCGCUACUGCUGUAAGAGCUCAAAAGUCAAGUGAUGUCCUGCAGGAGGCCGAAGUACAGCUCAUUGAUGUCCAGCUCUGCAACAGCAGUGACUGGUAUGCAGGGAAAAUCCACACCCACAACUUGUGUGCUGGUUACCCGGAGGGCAACAUCGACACCUGCCAGGGUGACAGCGGUGGUCCUCUCAUGUGCCAAGAGAAAAACAGUGACUACUUCUGGAUUGUUGGAGUGACCAGCUGGGGAAGAGGCUGUGCCAGAGCAAAGCGGCCUGGAGUCUACACCUCCACUCAGUACUUCUAUGACUGGAUGCUGCUUCACAUCGGCAUGGAGACAAUUAAAAAUGCUUUUUGA